AUGAACAUAUAUUUCCUGACUAUCACAGCCUUCCAUGGCUGCUUCGUCUCUGCCGCCAUAAAGUUCACACUUGAAAAAAAACCUAACCCAACACCCGACGAGUCCACUGCCUAUGUAGCAAUCGAAAAUUCAAUGAACGCAGCAGUGAAGCGAUACAACAAGUUCGUGAUGGCUGAAAAAAGUUUGAAGGUCAUGUAUGUUCCAAGCGUCCGUACAGCAGAUGGUAGUCAAGGCACAGGGACAAUCAGGUUCGGCUCCAACGCAGCUUUUCAAAACGAAAGGACUGCCUUACACGAGAUUUCGCAUACUUUAGGUGUCGGUCUAUCGCCUGGAUUCAAUAGGAAUUGUAAACAAAAAACGUGGUACACUGCCACAAGCCUUCUUCGAAAAAUAGAUAAACCAGACUCUCAGAUCACAUGCGGUGGAGGACAUUUUUGGCCAUACGGUUUGAACUACGAUAAUGAGUUCAGUCAGAAAAAUGCAGACAGUCAUUGUAGAAUGAUUCAGGCGAUGAUAAAUGAUGGGAUGUAA